GGGAUUCUCAGCUUGAACUCUUCCAGGAAACAAGUUCUUUUCCGCUUCUCUUGCGAAAUCUCCAGACCGUCCCGCCCUUCUCUGGCUUCUUAUAGCAGCGAGAGCCACAAGCCGCAGCACUGAGCUGCAGGCGCGGCGAAACUUCGCUCUACCCGCCCGGCCCGCGGCGCGCACCGUUUGCGCUGGACGCUUCCUCCUUGGAAGCGCCUCUCCCACAGUUAUGGAGAAAACUUGCAUAGAUGCACUUCCUCUUACUGUGAAUUCUUCAGAAAAGCAAGAGACUGUAUGUAUUUUUGGAACUGGUGAUUUUGGAAGAUCACUGGGAUUGAAAAUGCUCCAGUGUGGUUAUUCUGUUGUUUUUGGAAGUCGAAACCCCCAGAAGACCACCCUACUGCCCAGUGGUGCAGAAGUCUUGAGCUAUUCAGAAGCAGCCAAGAAGUCUGACAUCAUAAUCAUAGCAAUCCACAGAGAGCAUUAUGAUUUUCUCACAGAAUUAACUGAGGUUCUCAAUGGAAAAAUAUUGGUAGACAUCAGCAACAACCUCAAAAUCAAUCAAUAUCCAGAAUCUAAUGCAGAGUACCUUGCUCAUUUGGUGCCAGGAGCCCACGUGGUAAAAGCAUUUAACACCAUCUCAGCCUGGGCUCUCCAGUCAGGAGCACUGGAUGCAAGUCGGCAGGUGUUUGUGUGUGGAAAUGACAGCAAAGCCAAGCAAAGAGUGAUGGAUAUUGUUCGUAAUCUUGGACUUACUCCAAUGGAUCAAGGAUCACUCAUGGCAGCCAAAGAAAUUGAAAAGUACCCCCUGCAACUAUUUCCAAUGUGGAGGUUCCCCUUCUAUUUGUCUGCUGUGCUGUGUGUCUUCUUGUUUUUCUAUUGUGUUAUAAGAGAUGUUAUCUACCCUUAUGUUUAUGAAAAGAAAGAUAAUACAUUUCGUAUGGCUAUUUCCAUUCCAAAUCGUAUCUUUCCAAUAACAGCACUUACACUGCUUGCUUUGGUUUACCUCCCUGGUGUUAUUGCUGCCAUUCUACAACUGUACCGAGGCACAAAAUACCGUCGAUUCCCAGACUGGCUUGACCACUGGAUGCUUUGCCGAAAGCAGCUUGGCUUGGUAGCUCUGGGAUUUGCCUUCCUUCAUGUCCUCUACACACUUGUGAUUCCUAUUCGAUAUUAUGUACGAUGGAGAUUGGGAAACUUAACCGUUACCCAGGCAAUACUCAAGAAGGAGAAUCCAUUUAGCACCUCCUCAGCCUGGCUCAGUGAUUCAUAUGUGGCUUUGGGAAUACUUGGGUUUUUUCUGUUUGUACUCUUGGGAAUCACUUCUUUGCCAUCUGUUAGCAAUGCAGUCAACUGGAGAGAGUUCCGAUUUGUCCAGUCCAAACUGGGUUAUUUGACCCUGAUCUUGUGUACAGCCCACACCCUGGUGUAUGGUGGGAAGAGAUUCCUCAGCCCUUCAAAUCUCAGGUGGUAUCUUCCUGCAGCCUACGUGUUAGGGCUUAUCAUUCCUUGCACAGUGCUGGUGAUCAAGUUUGUCCUAAUCAUGCCAUGUGUAGACAACACCCUUACAAGGAUCCGCCAGGGUUGGGAAAGGAACUCAAAACACUAGAAAAAGCAUUGAAUGGAAAAUCAGAUAUUUAAAACAAAGUUCAAUUUAGCUGGAGUUCUGAACUAUGGUUUUGAAUGUUUAAAGAAGAAUGAUGGGUACAGUUAGGAAAGCUUUUUUCUUACACCGUGACUGAGGGAAACAUUGCUUGUCUUUGAGAAAUUGACUGACAUACUGGAAGAAAACACCAUUUUAUCUCAGGUUAGUGAAGAAUCAGUGCAGGUCCCUGACUCUUAUUUUCCCAGAGGCCAUGGGGCUGAGAUUGAGACUAGCCUUGUGGUUUCACACUAAAGAGUUUCCUUGUUAUGGGCAACAUGCAUGACCUAAUAUCUUGCAAAAUCCAAUAGAAGUAUUGCAGCUUCCUUCUCUGGCUCAAGGGCUGAGUUAAGUGAAAGGAAAAACAGCACAAUGGUGACCACUGAUAAAGGCUUUAUUAGGUAUAUCUGAAGAAGUGGGUCACAUGAAAUGUAAAAAGGGAAUGAGUUUUUUUGUUGUUUUUUGGAAGUAAAGGCAAACAUAAAUAUUACCAUGAUGAAUUCUAAUGAAAUGACCCCUUGACUUUGCUUUUCUCAAUACAGAUAUUUACUGAGAGGAACUAUUUUUAUAACACAAGAAAAAUUUACAAUUGAUUAAAAGUAUCCAUGUCUUGGAUACAUACAUAUCUAUAGAGCUGGCAUGUAAUUCUUCCUCUAUAAAGAAUAGGUAUAGGAAAGAUUGAAUAAAAAUGGAGGGAUAUCCCCUUGGAUUUCACUUGCAUUGUGCAAUAAGCAAAGAAGGGUUGAUAAAAGAUCAAAAAGUUCAAAGAAACCAGAAUUUUAGACAGCAAGCUAAAUAAAUAUUGUAAAAUUGCACUAUAUUAGGUUAAGUAUUAUUUAGGUAUUAUAAUAUGCUUUGUAAAUUUUAUAUUCCAAAUAUUGCUCAAUAUUUGUCAUCUAUUAAAUUAAUUUCUAGUAUAAAUAAGUAGCUUCUAUAUCUGUCUUAGUCUAUUAUAAUUGUAAGGAGUAAAAUUAAAUGAAUAGUCUGCAGGUAUAAAUUUGAACAAUGCAUAGAUGAUCGAAAAUUACGGAAAGUCAUAGGGCAGAGAAGUGUGAAGAUUCAUCAUUAUGUGAAAUUUGGAUCUUUCUCAAAUCCUUGCUGAAAUUUAGGAUGGUUCUCACUGUUUUUCUGUGCUGAUGGUACCCUUUCCAAGGUGACCUUCAGGGGGAUUAACCUUCCUAGCUCAAGCAAGGAGCUAAAAGGAGCCUUAUGCAUGAUCUUCCCACAUAUCAAAAUAACUAAAAGGCACUGAGUUUGGCAUUUUUCUGCCUGCUCUGCUAAGACCUUUUUUUUUUUACUUUCAUUAUAACAUAUUAUACAUGACAUUAUACAAAAAUGAUUAAAAUAUAUUAAAACAACAUCAACAAUCCAGGAUAUUUUUCUAUAAAACUUUUUAAAAAUAAUUGUAUCUACAUUAUAUAUUCAAUUUUACAUCCUUUUUUAAAGGCUUUGUUUUUCUAAAGGCUUUGUUUUCCUUUUUAUUUUUUUUUCUUUUUUAUUUUUUUGAGACAGUCUUGCUUUGUUGCUCAGGCUGGAGUGCAGUGGCAUGAUCUCAGCUCACUGCAACCUCCUCCUCCCAGGUUCAAGUGAUUCUUGUUCAUCAGCCUCCCGAGUAGCUGGGACUACAGGCAUGUGCCACUAUGCCCAGCUAAUUUUUGUACUUUUAGUAGAGACAGGGUUUCGCCACAUUGGUCAGGCUGGUCUUGAACUGCUGGCAUCAAGUGAUCUGCCUGCCUCCGCCUCACAAAGCACUGGGAUUACAGGCAUGAAUCUGGCCUUACGUGAUAUAUUUUCUUAAUGGCUGCAUAAUAUCACAUCAAAUAGGCAUUUUUCAAACCUCUUUCCUUAUUAAACAUGUAGACUAUAUCCAUUUUUUACUAAAAUAAAUAACAUUUCAGAUAAUAUCUUUGCACUGAUAAUGUUGCCAAGCCAUUUCUAAAGUGACCUUAUCAAUUUAAUUACCAUUGGAUGAGGGUGUUGCUUUCAUCGCACCAUUGUAGAUUGUCUUUUUUAUUUCAAUUUGCGUUUAUUUAUAACUGGUUGCAAAGGUACACAGAACACAUGCUCCUUCAACUUAUCUUUGAUAAACCCAAGCAAGGAUACAAAAAGUUGGACGACAUUGAGUAGAGUCAUGGUAUAUGGUGCUGACCCUACGGUAUCAGUGGAAAAGAUAAGGAAAAUGUCACUACUCACCUAUGUUAUGCAAAACAGUUAGGUGUGCUGGGGCUGGAUACUGCUCUUUUACUUGAGCAUUGGUUGAUUAAAGUUUAAGUACCAUCCAGGCUGGUCUAGAGAAGUCUUUGGAGUUAACCAUGCUCUUUUUGUUAAAGAAGGGAGUAAUGUGUUUAUCCUGGCUCAUAGUCCGUCACCGAAAAUAGAAAAUGCCAUCCAUAGGUAAAAUGCUGACCUAUAGAAAAAAAUGAACUCUCCUUUCAUAGCCUAGUAAAAAUGCUCUACCUGAGUAGUUAAAAGCAAUUCAUGAAGCCUGAAGCUAAAGAGCACUCUGGUGGUUUUGGCAUAAUAGCUGCAUUGCCACACCUGACCUUUGGCCCCAACCACAAGUGCUCCAAGCCCUACCAGCUGACCAAAGAAAGCCCAAGUUCUCCUUCUGUCCUUCCCACAACCUCCCUCCUCCCAAAACUAUGAAAUUAAUUUGACCAUAUUAACACAGCUGACUCCUCCAGUUUACUUAAGGUAGAAAGAAUGAGUUUACAACAGAUGAAAAUAGGUGCUUUGGGCAAACUGUAUUCCUUUUAACAGAUCCAAACUAUUUUACAUUUAAGAAAAAAGUUAAACUAAACUUCUUUACUGCUGAUAUGUUUCCUGUAUUCUACAAAAAUUUUUAUACUUUCAUAUUAUUUUUGUACACUUUCCCCAUGUUAAGGGAUGAUGGCUUUUAUAAAUGUGUAUUCAUUAAAUGUUACUUUAAAAAUAUUUCCUAGUUUUGUUUAAUUCUGGUUUUAACUCAUCAGCAUUCCAAAUAAAGUUACUAAAAGGUUUUGAAUCACAGUAGUUCCAGCAUCUAGGACUAAAAAUACUUCCCUUCAGGGAUAAGCAAAAGAGAAGGCAGUGCAUGGGUUUGAAAGUGCAUUAACAGAUCUGCAGCUUCUUGCAGUGUAAGCUUGAGCUCAGCGGGGUGGCACAGUCCAGUAUGCUGUGUGUGCUUCAGUAUUACCCUCAGAGAGGGGAAAGCAUCAGAUGGCUAAAUGGGGAGGACUGCACUAUCCCACGCUGGAUUUUUGUGAGAAUUAGGAGGUAAAAAAGGCUUUCCUUCUCCAUGCAGACGCCACAGGGAUAAGGCUAAUGGCUUGACAAGCAGACUUCAGGUUGGAUUCAGACUGCGUGACUGGGCAUUAAAUGCCUUGCACAACUGGACUGCUGCAGCUCUGAUGGGUGUUAUCCUGCUUUCAAAAAUAGUAUUAAAACUUACAAAUAAAGAGAGGACUGACAACCUGGAGGAAGCUAGAAGCAAAUGGAAAGCCCCUACUGAAAAAGCCAUUUCAAUUAGAAAUUCAUUCAGGAGCUCUUCAUUCAUCUAUUGUUCAGGGAUCACAAAAGAGCCAUGAUAAUAAUAAAUGUAUAUUAUGCAUUUCACCUCUGAGAGCAUAAAAGCUUCUGGAACUCUGUUCCAAAAUUAAUGUGUAAUGGCAGUCAUGGUACUGCACACAGUAGUUGCAAUUUUCAUUCUCCAUCAUCACAACCAUCAUCUUCACUACCACUUCUCCAACACACACACACACACACACACACACACCCCACGAGAACCCAUAGAUAGCCUUACAGGAUCCUACUUCAAUUUUCUAUAAUGAAUUAGGUUUACAUUCUAGAAAAAUCCUUCACUCUUCUAAAGGUUUGUUCAGUAGAAUUUGGGAAAAGAGUAUAAGUUACUCUUCAAUGUAUCAGAAGCAUUUGAACCAGGUGAUUCCGUCUUCAAUAGAGGCUGAGUAAAAUAAGGCUGAGACUGGCCGGGCGCAGUGACUCACACCUGUAAUCCCAGCACUUUGGGAGGCCAAGGCAGGUGGAUCACCUGAGGUCAGGAGUUUGAGACCAGCCUGGCCAACAUGGUGAAACCCCAUCUCUACUAAAAAUAUAAAAAAUUAGCCAGCAUGGUGGCACAUGCCUGUAAUCCCAGCUACUCUGGAGGCUGAGGCAGGAGAAGUGCUUGAAUCCAGGAAGCAGAGGUUACAAUGAGCCAAGAUCGCGCCAUUGCACUCCAGCCUGGGUGACAAGAGUGAAACUCCGUCUCAAAAUAAAUAAAUAAAUAAAUAAAUAAAUAAGACUGAGACCUACUGGGCUGCAUUCCCAGGACAGCAGGUGUUCUUAGUCACAGGAUGAGAUAGGAGUAAGCACAAGGUACAGGUCACAAAGACCUUGCUGAUAAAACAGGAUGCAAUAAAGAAGCCGUCCAAAACCUACCAAAACCAAGAUGGCAAUGAAAGUGAUCUUUGGCUGUCUCAGCUGUUCAUUAUAUGCUGAUUAUAAUAUAUUAGCAGCCUAAAAUACACUCCCACUAGCACCAUGACAGUUUACAAAUUCCAUGGCCACAUCCAGAAGUUACCCUAUAUGUUCUAAAAGCAGGAGGAGCCCUCAGUUCUGGGAAUCAUCUGCCCCUUUCCUGAACAUCUCAUGAAUAAUCCGUCCCUUGUUUAGCAUAUAAUCAAGAAAUAACUAUAACUAUACUCAGCCAGGCAGCCCAUGCCACUGCUCUGCCUAUGAAAUAGCCCUUUUAUUCGUUUACAGUCUUAAUAAACUUGCUUUCAUUUUAUGGAUUCACCUCAAAUUCUUUCUUGUGCAAGAUCCAAGAACUCUCUCUUGGGGUCUGGAUUGAACUCCCUUUCUAGUAACAUAUGCAUUACCUCUCCUCAAGCUCGAGGCAAAGUCCUAAAGUUUCGGAUAAGACCCAUAUGAGGGAGGUGAAGGAUGAAGGGAUUGAGAGCAAAGGGACUGAGAAAAGGGGAGUGUGGAAGAGCAAGACAGUGCUCUUGCCAUUACCCAGCAAAAGCCAAAGGGAUCCAGUACUACUUGCUUUCUGCUGUAAGGGAAUUUUGGAAGGCUUUUAAUGAUACUUACAGCAGAAUGCCAUGAGUAAAGCCUAUGCUAACAAUUUCACAUGCAUUAUCUUAUUUAAUCCUCAUAACAGUUCUCUAAGGUUCUCUUCUUAUCCUUAUUUAUCACGAGGAAACUGAGCUUUGAAAUCUCAGUACUUUGACUAAGUUCACACAACUAAUAAGAGGCAGAGCUGGGAUCUAGGCAGUCUGACUCCAGGGCCAUCUCCUUUUAACACAACGACAUAAUAGGGGACACCUAUGCUGUCCUCUUAAAUGUCCCUUUGAAUCCACAAAAUAGACUAAGUGAACGAAACCACUGCAACUCUUCUUAAAAACAUUUUUAAAGACAAGAAGCUUAUUGGCAUUUUAAAUAUUCCUGAUUGCCCAGUCCUCAAUACUCCAGGUUUAUCUAUGCUGAUUUCAAUUCGUCCUCUAAGGUUGUAGAAACAUAGGAUCUGUGGUUCCCGCAUUAAGUUCAAUCCCAUUGCAAUUGCCAUUUUAAUCUUCCCACUCUAGUCUGGCCACGAGGUUUCCUAAACUCUAAAGGGAGCUUUGUUCUGGUGGAGGUAGGUAAAAUCCCCAGACCUGAGGACUCGAAGGGGCAGUCAAGGAGAGGAUAGCUCUUCUCCAGAGCUUAAAGGCAAAUAUUUUCUUUUUCCCUGGUUUCUCACCUUAUUGCUUUGUGUACUGAGUGAACUUAUUUGUUUUUGAGAUCCAGUAACCCAUGCAAGAAAUUUCAUAACACUUCUCAUUUAGUAGUUUAAUACUAGUUGAAGAAUCUAGGGUUACACACACACACACACAUACACACACACACCAGGCUUAGUUCCAUUACCUAUGGCUGUAAAAAUGAGAUAUUUUUCUCAGUUUUGUAAAAAUGAAAGGCUGCUGGACUGGAACUCACAGUAUUUUAUAUCAAAAAGUAUCAGAUUGUGAUAAAAUAGAAAACCAGAAUUAAACUUGGCCUUAUGAUUUUUAGAAAGUCAACAGAUUUUGAAGGAGCCCACCCAGUGUAUUCAUUUCAUUUUUACUAAUCCUUCCUUUCAUGCUAAGAUAGAGAUGAAAAAGAAUGACAGAGUUCCUGUUCUCAUUUCAUUACAGCAAAAUAAAUAAGUUUUAGUGUUCCAUAGCUCUGUAGGAUGACUAUAGUUAACAAUAACAUAUAAUUUCAAAUAGCCAGGAGGACAUUGACUGUUCCCAACACAAAGAAAUGAUAAAUGUUUGCAAUGAUGGAUAUGCUAAUUACACUGAUCUGAUCACUAUACAUUGUACAUACAUAAACAUGACUAUGUACCUCAUGAAUAUGUACAACUGUUAUUUGUCAGUUUUAGAAAAUAAAAAAGUGGAAGAGAUCUGCUACCAAAUGCAGGAAUUUUCUAGAGUCUGUUAUAGCUAGCCUUCUACAGGCUUAACUCUUCUCAUGAUGGAGUAUUGACCAUCACCAACAGGAAAUCUUUUGUUUUAGGCACUCCAGGAAAUUAUCAGGGAGUUCUCUCUGUAGAUAACCAAAGUUUCCCUAGUUGUACUUCUACCCAUUUUUCUUAGUGUGAUCAUUUAAAGCAGUGCCUCACCAACUAUCAGAGAUGAGGGCCAGUAAUUUUUGUUUCAUUUUUUUCCAGUUCAUUACAAAUCAAUGCACAUGUCUGUAAAACACAAAAUCACACCCUUAAAUAUGAUGGCGACAUAAAAUUGCCAUAAAAGUUUCUAAACUUUUCACCCCAAUUUCUGAAUUUAUCACAGACUGGUAAAAAACAGCUCACAAGCCAGCACCACGGGCAGACCACACUUUGCACAGUGUUCAAACAUAGGCCUAACAACCUGGCUUAGCUUGGCACUUCUAAAAACCGAUCCUGAGGCAAGGCUUCUUGUAAAAGAGUUUAUACUGGAAGUUAAAAAUCAUCAAAUUAUUAAAUACUGGGAAUGGAGUAGUAAAGUAGACAGAGCAGGGAAGGAAUAAAGGAUGAAUUUUCAAGCUGGUUACCCAUCUGGGCAACUGGAGCUCAAUUUUGCUGGGAAAGUCUGGAAGACAGUGUCAGAUAUAACUAAGAGUUAUUCCCAUCAAGGGGAAAGGAAACUGUGCUUUUCAUGCACCAAAUCCUUGCUUAACAUUGGAAUACAGAUGCUUCCAAGACAUUAACUUUGUGGCACUUUUGGCUUUUCCUACACACUUAUUGUGUAUGCCACCAUGUCUGGGGGGAAAAAGGCCCACAGGCAAAGAGGUACCAGCAUUCAUACCACCAGCUUUCAGCUUGUAGAGAUGGCUGCCAAGAGGAACUUGUAGUUGGCAGUGCCAACUACAACUGCUACACCAUCCAGUUGGAAACUAUACAAAGAGUAUGAACAAAGUUCACAGGAGAAACAAGGCUCUGCAACAUACGAAAAUAUAUUCUACUUCAUUCAUAAUGAGACGUGUGAAAAUUGUAACUGUAUCAAUACCAUUUCUCACCU